AACCGCAGUCGCAGCCGACGACGAAGACCACCUCCGCAGACCGCCUCAGUGUCGUACAAGACGUCGGUGCCGCACAACGUUCGUAGCGCCAUAAUUUAUUGAAUAUAUUCCAAACGCGAACCCCCCCAGACGUGCGCGUGUAAGCAUUACCAUUCGUGCAUAUUAUUGCGAUUUCGUUCAACUUCCGAUAACGACAGUAAUAUCGACGAGUACGGUUGCUCUACCGCGUGACCAUCGCUGCCGCCAGAGUCGUUUACCUGUAACCGCUGUAACCGCACCCCAUAAAGCGAAAUCAACCACUUCCGACGUUUAGGGGAUUACCGGGAGCAGGUACUACAGUUGUCACUGGGGAAUAGUUUAUUUUUUUCAUCAGAAUAGUCCAUCCCGUUCCGGACUCAAGUGACAAAGCUGACACAUUUCCACACCGAGGUGUUCUAAACUAAUGUAAGAUUUAGACAUGGCGGGUAUCGAUACCCGGUGGCUGGUGACUCUGUGCUUGCUAUCUGCAGCGCAAUGUGUUCCUUCCAGGGUUACUUCUCAAUCAGAAACAGAUUCCGAAGACUCAAGAAGAGUUCUUGGUUCAAGUGUGGUAACAUCAGUAUCUGUAAUAAUGGAUCAUGGCAAUGGCACUAAAACAUAUUUUGCUGAUGGUCAAAGUAAAAACAUACAUAAACCUACAGAUACCAUAAUCGGUAGUCCUGGUAAUUUACUAUCACCUGACCGUUAUGAGUUUUAUACGUUUGACGAGACGGGGGAUUUAGUUAAACGAUUAAUGACAUUGGAUGAAAUACAUGGUUUAAUUGCUGGAGCAGAUCCAGAAUCAGUGAUGGCUGACGCUUCCCCUACAUAUUAUCAUGAUGCACUAUCAAGUCACUCAUCAGAAGCACUUAUGCACUUACCCGCUUCAGAUCUCGAAUCACUUGAUGCACCGGCAGUUCACAAGGUUCUGGAAAGUGUACAAAAUGUACUGAAAAAUGAAAUGGCUGCUAACUCAGGUAAACCUAUUCCUUCUAUGUCGAGCACAUCUUUACAUCGCCCAGAUUCAGCGUCCGCGUGGUCAGCCUUAUUUCCAGGACUAAUUGAAACUCCAGAUGACGUAGCUCAUCUUUCCGGAUACUUGCUUCCGUCCAAAACAACUGAGUCAAUGGACAUUCCAUUGACUAAAAAACCAUUGUCAUCUAAUAAAACACCGUUAGUAUCAAUGCAACCUCAAUCGACGACACUUAAAUUGCCACAGUCAUCUAUAAAAACACAAGUAGCCACUACAACAGAAAAAGUGAGGUCAACACCUAAAUACUCCACGGUUAAACCUGAAGUAACGUCGAAAUUCACUCCAACACAAUCAACAACACAGUCAACAACACAGCCAACCACACAAUCAACAACACAGUGGACAACACUUAAACCAUCAACGACUAAAAAACCUUUUAGGCCAAUACAGUCAUUUGAGAAACAAAAGCCAGCACUACAAAAACCAAUUUUAACUGUGCAUUCAACUACUAAACCAUCUAUCAUGGCAGAUAGCCUUGAGAUAAAUAAAGAAAUGUCAGCUUCUAUAUCAGAUAUGCUGUCGCAAGUUACUGAUAGCCAAUCGUCCAACCACAAACCUUUACAGACUAAUGAUUUAGUAGAAAAAGAUAGUACCGUAGAUUAUGUACCAGAAGAGAGUUCGCCAGAAUUAAGUUACUACAGUCCAAUAGCAAUGUCAUUGAGCACUGGUGGUGCUUUGAAACCUGUGACAGAAGCUUUGACAUCAGCUAGAAAACCUCCAAUUACAAUGAAGUAUAAAACUACAACAACAGACAUGCCAUUUUCACAAAAGACUAACCCUACCAUCACAGCAACAAGAUUUGCACCACCCAAGUCUAAUGUGACUAAAUCUCGACCAUAUGUGAAUGCUACUACAGCCUCUUAUGUGACAAAACCAUCAUCAAUUAAUAAAUUUAAUUCGACUACUGUUUCUACUACUAGAAAUAACUACCAUUACCCACCAAGUAAUAUGUCAACUAAAUAUAUGCAAAAAAUUACACAAACCACUCAAGCUUAUCCAAACAAAUUAAUUGACAGUUUCGUAAAAGUUGUUAACAAAACGAUAAAUAAUGCAACUCUUAGCAUGAAACAACCAGUAGAUACAUUUUGGAAUUCAACCGAGGAGGCGAAGAAUAAGCUCGUCAAAGAGCCCGUUAAAGUUUUCCAGACUAAAGUCACUUCAAAUCGACCAAAUGGCAUAAAUCGAACGAAUGUCACUUUGUCAAAUCGCAUACAAGAGUUAAAAACUACGGCUAUUCCAAAUUUCGGAUUUGGUUCGUCUACAACAACUAUUCGUAGUCAAACAGAACCCGAUAAAUAUGUGUCAGUUAAAGUAGAAGAAUGGCCAAUGACCGCCCAACAUCCAACUGCAUAUCCUUCAACUACUCCAUACAUGAGUACCGAAAAAUCGUUCUUUUCCAGCAACAGUCAGCCAUUAAACUCUGUUACAGACGCUAACGUUAUUAGAGAUUUAAUAUCGUCUUUUAUGACUAAAACAUCAACAGCUUCCAGCGUCUCCACUAGUACCGUACCUCCAACUACUGUUAGCGCACAAACACUCACGGCCUCCAUGUCGACUACAACACCGUCGGCGGUAAACACUAUAACUGGAAUUCCGGUAUCAAUGAUCUCGUCAUCAGUUGGAGAUUUAGGGACAACAACAACUACGACGACAACAACAGCACCAACUACAACAGCAUCAACUACAACAACACCAACUACAACAACACCAACUACAACAACACCAACUACAACAUCACCAACUACAACAACAUCAACUACAACAGAAACAGUGGCGAUUACGACAUUGGAGACCACAACGGCAACAGGAAUGGAAGCAGUAAAAACUGCUGUGGAAGCUGCAGAUACCGGUGUAAUGGUAGCGACGACGACUGCGGCUUCAACGAGUGCAGCGAGUAUGUUGACGGUCGUUUCUACGUCUGCUCAGAUUACAACUGGCACACCAAUAACACAGACCGCUAUCAAUGCCGAAGUAGGUUCGAUAUCGCCUAGUACAGCGGCUAGGACCACGGUCGCUAAUGCGACCUCAGUCACAUUUACAACACCAGAAUCAGAAACUCAAUACGUUCCAGUCACACAUUUCCUUCCUGAGUUACAAUUGAAAGAUAGACCAGAAACCGAAAACAACAUCAGUUCGCCGGGCGUAGACCUGAUGCUCAAAGACGGUAUAAACGCGGUAGCUAGCAUGUUGCAAAACACACAAAAGCCGGCCGUAGCGGCGGUUCUUGACACGGAGUACCAGGAAAUUGGUGAUCGCCUCUAUGAGAAAUUAUCUUUGGCUGAGGGAAAACAAUCAUCCACUGAACAAGCUAGCCGAAAACAGGCGACGGUUAAGUCGGACUUUGAAGAGACCACCACAUUUGCUGUGUCCGAGAAUUCGGCCACACAGGAAUUUUAUGACUUGACUACUAAUGCAGCUGAAUUGGCCACCAAGUUCCCGGAGCCAAACGACACGAUCGCCGCAGAAACAGUGACCACUAACGACACAGAAGAGGUGUUACGAAAUUCAGAACCUGGCUUGGAAAUGUUGACUGUGUUCAAUGUCAGCUCCACCGGAGGUCCCGGGCAAGUGGCCAAAUUGGACGAUUUGUCAUCGGAAACGCAAGUGUUUUUCGACAACACUACACCAUUUGAAAAUCGUGGAGCCGCUACCAAUCCGGCAACCAGUAAUGAAGAACUAGUAGCCACAACGUUCACUCCGUAUGUCGCUCAGGUGACGAGGGAGGUGACAAUGUCAACCGAAACCGUACCAUCCACAUCGACCACCACGACAAUACCACCAUCACUAACCCCAUCAGUGAAAGCGGCAAUAGCAACAGCAACAGCAGCAGCAGCAGCAACUGUAUCAACAGCACCAACAGCGGCUACUGCAUCAGCAGCAGCUACAGCCACGGCUGCAGAAUAUGAAGUCCAAAACUCAAUGACACCAGUAUCCGAAAACUCUACGGUAGCUGCAGCCACGACAAACUACACCAGUUGGUCCACGCCAGCCACUUUCACUUUGCCGCCUGCAGUAAAAUCACCUGGUCCAUCGUCCAACGCUUAUAGACCACAGAUGGCCAACAGUGCAUCUCCGUCCACAGUCGAAUUGCAUCCUGCACCUCACGAGAGCAUGGGCAUGGAAGCGAGUGUAGCGUUCUUGGGCGAUGAUGUACGUCGAUUUGCCGACCUAUGUAACGAGCUGUCGUUCAAGAUGUGGACAGCCGUUACCGGAAAAGGUCAGAUAGCCUCGAGAAGUCUGGUACUGUCUCCGUUCGAGCUGACCGCUAUGCUGGCCAUGGUAUUCCUAGGUGCCCGUGGUUCUACUUCUGGUCAGAUGAACGACGUGCUUAGGCUUGAUGACAUGGUCACUUUCAAUCCUCACCAAGUUCUCAGGAACAUAACGCACUCAAUAACCAACGUCAACAAUCCAGGUGUGGCCACUGCGUCUUUCGUUCGGGAGAUCUACAGCCACAAGGGAAAUGGAAAAAUACUAGAAUUCUAUAAAGAACGAGUACAGCAGUAUUACGAUGGACACGUAGAAGAAGUUGACUUCAACACGAUCGGAGACGUUUUAAGGAGACGAACGAAUUUAUUAGUCAAAAGACAAACUUUGGGUCGUGUUGUAGAAUACCUUCGUGGUUCUGGUUUAAGUUUGACACCGCCAUUCGCCGCAUUCAGUGCUAACGUAUUCCAGACGAGCUGCGAGAGCGCGUCCACCGAGGGCCGAGACGGCGAAAUGUACUUCGUGGUGAGGCCGUCGACCAGACAACGGCGCCUGGUCCCAGUGCCGGCGGCCGUUUGGCGCGGCGGGUUCCUGGCCGGCUACGAACCUGGGCUGGACGCAACGGCCGUUUGCCUGGGCCCGGAUUCAGCCGUGUCCACCAUACUGGUGCUGCCGGGCCAACAGGGCCAGGUGGCUCCAGGCGACGGGCUCGCCCGGUUGGAACAGCGACUGAUCGAGACAUCGUACCGGCGUGGCGGCUGGUCUCGCGUGCUCCGCAGCCUGUUGCCCCGGCCAGGGCUCGAGCUGCAAGUUCCGCGGUUCUCGCACCGAUCCGUGCUGAACGCCACGGCCGCCCUGCAGAAGAUGGGCCUUCGGGACGUGUUCAGCGACCAGAAGGCCGACCUGCGCGGCGUCAACGGGCUGUACGACCUGUACCUGUCUGACAUGCUACAGGUGAACACGUUCAGCACGUGCGGCGAAGACACCAUCGGCGCCCGGCAUCACGUAGAAACGUACCCGGCGUCGCCGCAGAGGAUGGGCCGUGCGGGUCGCGACGGUGGCCGCGAAAGCGUCCAGGAUAGCGGCAACGACGACGACGGCCACAAGAGUGGUGACGAGGGCGUACACAAUAGCAGUCACGACGGUGGUCGCCGGAAGCGCAAUGCCGACGACCUUCCGCUGCACAGCCCGUACUCGCAUAUGCCGCUUAACCUGCGGCCCAGACAGGCGCGGCUACCGGAUGUGCCGAGGCUCCGGUUCGACAGGCCGUUCCUUUACCUGGUCCGGCACAACCCCACUGGCAUGAUCAUCUACCUAGGCAGGUUUAACCCGAGAUUGUUGCCGUGAACGGUUAUAAUGAUUGCAUAAUAAUAUUAACUAAAUCAUUAGUAUUAUUAUUAUUAUUAUUAUUAUUAUUAUUGAUAUCGAACACAAAACAUAAUAAUAUUCCAAUAUAUAUAACACUAUUACACUAUUGCCAAACGAUAAUCAUUUUAAAGUGAGUUUCUAUUUUUUUUUAAUAUAAAAUUGACCCCAGGUCAUGCCCCACUCUGGACAGUAAAACUCGCGGCGUUCCGUUUUUGAUACGAACAAUUCACUAAUUUACACAAGAAUUGUGUUUGGCAAUAGGAUUUUUGGAACUUAUCCGGUCGAUUUCACUGACAUUUAACAAUAAAAAUAUAUAAAAACUAUCCAAUGAUAUUUUUUAAAUAAUUUUAUGAUCUUGGUAAAAUCGACAUACUAAACAUAUGUUUAAGUUUAAUAUAAUUCAGAAUAAAUUCUGAUAAAUAUGCAUUAGUUUUACAUUUUAUAUACAUAUAUAUUUUUUUAUACGUACAAUUUAUUAUUAUUAUUAUUUAUAGGAUAUUUAUCAGUUUAUUAUUAUUUUAAUAAUUUUACUAAAAUAUGCGUUACUCUACAACUGUGACACGCUUUGUGAUAUAUAUUUUGGCAAUAUAAAAUAUAAUAUUUUAUACACGAUGAUUAUUAUAUUAUUUAAUAUAAGAUUUUUUAUACGUAAAAUAAGAUUGUUCCUAGUUUUUUUAAGGAAUUAUGUCUAAAUACUUUUUUAUAUACACAGAAUAAGUUAAUCCAUGAUUCUGUUUUUGUAAUUUUUUAUUAUAAAUCAUUUAUAAUAAAUUAACUGCAAUA